AUGGCCCAGAGACAGACUCGUUCGCCCUCAGCGCGGCAUUCCACCCCUAAAAGACCCGCCCUUGCUCUUGCCCCUGCGCUCGCAGCACGCGAUCUCGAGACUUCAUGUUACGCAUCGAACUCCCAACACAACAACUCUUCUCAUUCCCCUCAAAUUUUCCAUCUCCUUCCAACCACUCGAAGGCACCCGAUACUUCCGAAACCGCCGCUGCGGUCGGUCGGUGCGAGGAUGCAAGUUAGAGGUGAACUGACGGCUGAUGUCGCCCUCGAAUUCGUGGAGAAGGUGCAAGGUGAAGUCGAAAGUCAAGCGCUUCAGAAAAGCCGAAGCCGAAGUCUUGCCGAUCAGCGCUCGUCUUCCUCUCUGCUUUCAUCCUCAUCCUUUAACACAACGCUCUGCAACCCGUUCCAUCCUGAAGCGCCUCUAUUCGCAGCUCUCCUUCCGAUUCCCCAGGAUGGGUGA